AUGGCAGGAACAAGCAAACUGACUGAAUUAAUACAAAAUAAAGGCAACUUCAGUUAUUCAUUUGAAGUGACUCCGGAUGUUUCUGAAGAAGAUAUUGAUAAUUUAAGAGUGGAGCCUCUAUUCUUCUCUGUUACUUGGCAUGCAAAAACGCAUCAAUGCAAAGACUUGAACAUAGCCCCGUUAAAAAUUGCAUUGAAAUUGAAUAGUAAACAGAAAAAUGUACUCCUGCACUUAUCGUGUGAUAUGAUGAAGACUACUUAUUUAACUGAUCUCCUGGCCAUGCUGCAAGAAAAUGGAAUAUGCAAUUUAUUCUUGGUUUUGGGAGAAGGAUUUGAUGCAAGUAAUUCCGAUUUCGUCAAUACAACAGAAAUGAUAAAAUUCAUCAGGGAGAAAACAGGACAAUAUUUCUGUAUUGGAAUUGCGGGAUACCCUGGCUGUUCUGAUGAAAAGCUUAAGCAGAUCAAAGAAAAAGUUGACGCUGGAGCCAAUUUUCUUCUUACUCAAGCAUUCUUCGAUGUUGAUGCAUUUAAAAAUUUGAAAGAUAGUUGUGAGAAAAUGGGAGUCCGCGUUCCGCUCAUACCCGGAGUUUUUUCCUUUGAAACGCCCAAACAAUUAGAUGGUUUCAUAAACAUGUGUAAGAUAAAAGUAUCUGAGGAUUUAUUGAAAGCUGUCGGUGAUAAUGAGAAAAUGAAUAGACCUUGCACAGACAUUAUCAAGCAGUUAAUAAAACAACUGAAUUCUAUUUGCAACAUUACUCACUACCAUUUCUUUACUAUAAAUAAAUUGAAUGACGUCCAAAAAUUAAUUGAAGGAAUAAAGGAAUAA